UCUUCGUUCGCUCACUACCCGCAUUCCAUGCCAUUCCCUGCGUGUAAUUGGCUGCUUGCCGCUAAGAAUUAGUGACUUCGUCGCUCACGUGCACCACGUCCAUGGGCAAGCGCACACCGCACUCACUAAUGCUCAGCAGCAAGCAACAAGACCUGAUCAUUCCAAUAGAACCGAGCCGCAAGAUUCUGGAAGCGGCGGGCGUAGUCGAAGGCGAGACCCGUGUGGGUCAGGAGAGAUUCUUAUCUCUAGCAAUGUUCUUGGGGUCGCCAAAGCGCUUGGGCAGCUCCUCGAUGAAGCCUUCCCAAAUCUCGAAGAAGGUGCUGGGCGUCCGGGGCUACCUUGGGGUCAUCAAGGUAGGCGCGGGCCCCGUGAACUGUGGUGCCGUCCAGAAUCGUGGACGCCUGUCGGGACUGCUGUAUCGAGGUGUUGGUGGCAGUUUUCUGGGGGCCCAGCAGGAGUGUCGAGAUGGUGAUGUGGUUGGCCGCAGUGGAGGCACGGUUGUGCUUGUAACGGUGGCGUCGAUUUCCAUGGACACUACCUGCAAAGAGACAGAAACCAGGGCGAAGCGAGGCGUGCGUGGGCUGUGCCGCGCGCAGUCUGAACGUGGGGCGAGGAAGCCCAAAAGUUACGUGGCGUCAGCAGCGCGGUUGCCAUCAGACCUCGCGGACGUGCCUUGCUGGCGAUGCUCCUCCGGCGCCACGGAGAACUUGAGUCUGUCGUCAAGAUAG